AUGGAGAAGAACGCUUCGGAAGAUCUCUUGAUCGCCGUACCUCUCGUGAGACGUCAAGUCGUGUCUGCGGAUCAGGCGGGGUCGCCCGCGGAUAACUGGCUUGUUGGGCUUUUGAAGAAGACGUUUUUGCCUGUUGGAUAUCCCGACAGUGUCAGUCCUGAUUACCUCAACUACCAGCUAUGGGACUCCAUCCAAGCCGUCGCAUCCUCUAUCUCAAACAUGAUCGCUUCUCGCGCGGUCCUCGAAGGCGUCGGCGUCGGCAACGCAAACGCAACAGCCUUGAAUGCGUUGUAUCUAACAACAGCAACCGACCUCCUCUCCCGCCUCUUCACCCUUGCCACAACAACCCUCCUCUCCCCAACCCUCUCCCUCACCCCCAAAUCCCACCGCCUCCACGCCGACCUCGCGAACGAUAUGUCUAUCCUCCUCUCUACUUCCCUCCCUUAUUUACCAGACGCCAAAAUGAAGGCGGGAGCGAUGGUUGCGGCGGGGUUGGCGAGGGCUUAUUGUGGGGUGCUUGGGCCGAGUAGUAAGAUGGUGUUUUCGGAGCAUUUUGUGAGGAGAGGGAAGAGAGGGGGGGAUUUGGGUGAUGUGGUGGCGAAGGACGGAAGUCAGGAGGUUGUUGUUGAGGCUGUUGGGAUGUUGUUGGGGACGCUGGUGGUAUCUUUGCUGACGGACCCGAUCUACGUCGGUAUCGCCUUGUUCACGUUGGUGCACAUCCACAUCUACGCAAACUACCGUGCCGUCGCAUCCGUCACUUUCCCAACGUUAACCCCCCACCGCUCCUACCUCCUCCUCCGCUCCCUAAUCCCACAAACCGUCAAAGCUGAAGACCCCUCCGACAUCACCUUCCCUUCCCCCGCUGACAUCUCUAAAGUCGAGGGUGUCUGGAGUUCUGAGCCCUCACUCACCCCUCCGCACUCGAUUGACGACUUGAUGGAGUGUGGGUGUGAUCAGGCUGUGUUGAAAGAUAUUUUUGAGGGGGAGAAGUAUUUGUUGUGGCCGGAGCCUUUGUUCGAGGUAGCUGGUGCACAUCAUCGGGUUCGGAUCGUGCAUUCUACCUCUAUCACACCGUUCGAAAAACUCAAGGCUGCGUAUCAUGCUUGGCUCGUGCUCGCUUAUAGGAAGAUGUACCCGAAUCAGAAGGAUGAAGAGUUGGUCGGGCAGGCGUUGACUGUUGUGAAUGGAGGAGUUUGGAGGUACGGGGAGGAGGGGGUGAGGAGGAUGUUGGAGGAGAAGGGGUGGGAUUUGGAAGGGUUGGUAAUCUGUGAGGAGGGGAAGGAGGGGUAUGAAUGGAAGCAGAAGAAGGGACGGUAA